CAUGUCGUAAGAUUUAUCCAAUGGCCAAUUGGAGCCCAAUCAGCGCCAGGUCCGAUACCGCCUUCACCACUGUGUACUUGACUGUGCACCCUCAUACCCGCGGCCUCUGCGAGUUGAAAAGCCUCUACCUCGAUUGCUUGCAAGAGUUCUGAAGAUGUCAAGGAGAACGGAGGAGAAUCAAGAACAGUCGGCAAGCCUGCUUCCUCCGCAGCUUGAUCCUCGUCCUCUCCUUCUUCGUGUGUACCAGCAAGAUAUGUCAUGGCGUUAUGCAGAUUUGCGUACCAGCUCCGUCGAUCCGGACAUGCACUCCGCCACGCGUGUCAAACCUGGACUUAGCUCGACAAUUGUAUCCAGCGGACCGAGCCGACAGAAGGUACCCCACGCCGUGACGGUCGCGAUUCGGAACGAACAGCACCUAUGGACCCUUCGGGUUGACCUCGAGCGCUGGAGAAUCACGCUGCGAAAGGUCGGCCAUAAGGCCGAUGAUAUAACCUAGGAACGUCCAUGGAGUUUCAUGUUCGUCCAGGAGAAGCUAGAGAAGCGCAGAGAACGUCGCGAAACAUGCAAUUGCACAAUGAACGUUCGAAGGCCUGGCUUUGCCUUGCUCUUCUGCACAUGCGGCCUCAGCACCCACCUGGUCGGCUAUCUUCUCAGAAUCAACUGGCAC